UCUAAAUAUGUUUUAUUCCAAUAAAUCAAAUAUUUUAAAAAUAUAACUAUGUACUGAAAGGCGAUAACAGAUUAAGACUGAUUGACUUCAUGUAGUUAACGUAUUUAUACUUCAUAGCAAUAAGCAAUACGCAAUAUGGCUAAGACGAGUUAGUAAGAAUCUAGCAUACUGAUUUAAAUGAGCACGUUUUUUUUCAACAAACAUCUUGUGUAUAUUAUAGUCUGUCAAAUGAAAAAAAACUACUAUUUCGUCGACCGGAUAGUAAAUUCAGUUAAUUUGGAUUUAAUUCAGUUCAGUUCAGUUUUCGUUAACACUGACGACAUAUUAAUUUGGACUUAUUAACAUAAGAGUGUCAAUAUGGGAUAGUGUCAAAAGAGAAACUGUCUCUUCAUUGUAUGAAGUUCUGAAGCUUCUUACAGUCACACUCUGUUUCAACCGUUCAGAACCAAAUCGACAUUUCUUCACGAUAAAAGCUCUCGGUUCAGAGCGAAUACUUGUAACAAAAUGUGAACCUUAACGUAACAUUUAAAUAACGAAGUUUCAUAACGUUGAGAUAAAAACGCGUUACGUAACACACGUUCAGACGUUGUCAAGACACACAAGAUGAUACCGAUGUUCUAAUUGAGGAUACCGAUGUUCUAAUUAGGUCAACCGCGAGCCGGAUGAAUGUUACUCUAAAUUUCCGUUGCCAAGUCAUGGGAACACAAUCUGCUGAAUGUUAUAGAUAACGCGAGAUUUCUAUACGCCUAUAAUAGGACGGAUUACUCUAAACCUGUAACCCACUCAUACACUCAUCAAAUUUUACCACUGCCGGCAAAGUUUUUGCAUUGAAACCAUGCUUCUAUUCUCCGUCGUCGUCGUCGCCAGUUUUCUCUGCUUGGGCGCAGGAUUCCCGCACGGGGCACCGUCCAUCGCAUGCAAGGGAAUGGUACCCGGGCACCUACCGACCGUAACUUCCGGCACAAACCCCUUCCGGUUCAACUUGUCUUCGAACGCAUACAAACCCGGGGAGACUAUUCAAGGCACCCUAUAUGCGCCAGGCCAGAUGUUCAAAGGAUUCCUGAUCGAGGUUGGCGCUGAGAACGAUGUGUCCAGUGAAGAAACGGCCGUGGGAGAAUUCAUUAAUCUAGACGCCUCUAUCGAGAAACACGUCUGUGGAACGGCUGCGGUGACGCACAUCAACAACAAUGAGAAGUCCAGCGUGUCGUUCACGUGGAAGGCUUCACCAGACGCCAAGGGGACGCUGUAUGUGAGAGCGACGGUUGUGCAGCAGUUUUUCCCAAGCCGCUAUUGGUUGGGAGCUUUUUCAGUACCUCUCAACCCCUCGAAGUAACGCGGGGUGAAAUCGUGGCCACACCAUGGGGACUUAUGUGUGCUGAAUGCGAUCUACAAUAAGCUUAUAAGCACUUUCAAACUGCUUACAGACUGCAAUAAGAAAACGAAAGAUUGGAACGUUGGAUAUAUGAAAACAACACAUUAUACAGACUUUAAAGUGUACCACCUGCACCACGAACGUGUAAACGGAAGAAUAAAAUAAACGAUUUGUGUAAAACAUAAAUGUGAGAUGAACUAACUUGGAUUUUGAGAUAAAAUGCUAUAAAAUACGAUGUGACUUCCUCGCUUUUUGUGUAAAAUAAAACUCUUAACCUAAAUUGUAGCAUUUUACUACUAUGUUUACUACUUCAAUAAUACAUGUAAACUAAAAUAUACAUAAAUGAAUAUUUCACAGACUUCUUAUUGCAAUAAAUUCGAAAACUUAA